GGUCCGGUGCACUGCCUCUUAUUCUCCUGCUGAUGUCCUUCAUCCACGCUGGACUCACUCAAGAGAGACCAAAACCUGUGUUGAAGGUGACUCCAGAUCAGCGUGUGUUCAGAGGAGAGACAGUCACUCUCACAUGUGACAUACAGCGAGCAGGAGACAUUCGGUGGAGAUACAGCUGGUUUAAACAUGGAAACACUUUCUAUCCAUAUCCAACAACAACAGCAGAGUUCAGUUUCACAGCUUAUGUGUCUAAUAGCGGUGAAUACAGCUGUAGAGGAGAGAGAUCAGACUCACAGAGAUCAGACAUCAGUGCUGCUGUUACACUGACUGUAUCAGAUUUACCCAGAUCUACACUGACUGUGACACCAGACAGACCUGUAUUCACUGGAGAGACAGUCAAUCUGAAGUGUGUUAUAGAGUCUGAUCACAGUGACUGGAGAUAUGAGUGGUAUAAAGACAGUGUAAUGUUACAGACGUCUGAUCGUUACACUGUAAACAGAGACACUCUCACUAUCAGAGGAGCUACUGAGUCUGAUCAGGGUCAGUACUGGUGUAGAGGACACAGAGAUGAAAGACCAAAAUCAUCACGAUCAAGCUCUGCUGUUUCUCUCUCUGUGAAAGAUUCACCCACAUCUACACUGACUGUGACACCAGACAGUCCUGUAUUCACUGGAGAGACAGUCAAUCUGACCUGUGUUUUAGAGUCUCACAGUGACUGGAGAUAUGAGUGGUAUAAAGACAGUGUAAUGUUACAGACGUCUGAUCGUUACACUGUAAAUAGAGACACUCUCACUAUCAGAGGAGCUACUGAGUCUGAUCAGGGUCAGUACUGGUGUAGAGGACAGAGAGAUGAAAGACCACAAUCAUCACAGGACAGUAACCGAAUUAAUCUGUCUGUUAAUGGUCAGAUUUCUGUCUUCAGCAUCCUCAGUUUUCUUCUGGCAGCUUGUCCGUAUCUGCUGUCGACAGUCGUGCUGCUGUUCAAAUGCUGCAGAGCGAGAGUUACAUCUACUGAAGACCACAGCCAGUUUGCCGUAACAGAGGAACAAACUUCAUCCUGAUUUCAUCCAUUCUUCAAACCGCUCGUAGAGUCACAGGAUGCUGGAGUCUGAUUGUUGUUUGAUAAUGAAUUGUGAGCGAGACUGAUAAGCUAUGUUUUCUAUGCAGGCUGGGUGUGGUAAGGUUCGUGGAAUGGAAGGAAGAGGGCGGGGUCAGUUUCAAGGAGGCUCGUGGAUUUAUUCAACAUAAAACAAAAAUGAAUCAUAUAACAGCACAUCGCGCUCUCUGCGCUGGCGAAGCUUUCUUUCUUUCGUUCCGGUACUCAGUCCUUCUCUGGCCUUUCAGCCUCCGUCCUCCACGAGCUCUCCGUCCCGUCUCUCUCACUCUCACACUCCCCAGACGCUCUCUUUUAACCAGUCUCUCCCCGCUCAUCACUGCAAUCAGACACAGGUGUUAUCACUUUGCGCUUGACCCACUUACUUACCGCUCGUCUCCCGAGUCUCUCUCCCGCUGCAGAUCCCACUAAACCACGCCCCCAACGCCACACUGGGUUCACAAAGGGGAUCCGUGGCGUUCAUGGUUGGCGAGCACCACCGGCGUGAAGAGAACCGGGGUCCCACUUAUUGACCUGGAGGUAGAUAGUGGGGGGGAUUUAGGUAGAUAGGGAAGAGAGAGUAGGUGGACCUGGCAGGCUGUUUGAAAGAGACCUUCCUAUCAUUGCCGCGGAAGGGAAGGUUGAGUCCUCACAGUGAUGGCAGGGUGUCAUAGGAAAUGGACAGGGAAUUCUGAAAUUAUUUUUAUUAUUCCAUAAGAUUUUUGUGUGUUGUUGUUGUGCUCAGCUAUCGGUGAUACUGUCCUCCCGAAUUGUAUGUUGAUUGCCUGCGCUGGUUAUUAUAUAUAGGGCAUGUGAUUUAUGCUUGGAGUUUCUAAUUAAGUGUGCUUUGUAUGAGAUAUCCCACUAUUUAUAGUUUGCUGUGAAUUUGGAAUGAGUACUUGGGUUCUCUUUUAAAUGUGUGUUCACGGUUUAAUGAAGUAAUAUGA